GGAGCCGCCCGAGCGGAGCCGCCGCGGCCGGAGCCCGAUGCCGGGAGCUGCGCGUUGAGGGCCCCAGGAUGGGGAUCCUGAGCAUCACGGAGCAGCCUCCUCUGGUCCAAGCCAUCUUCAACCGGGAUGUAGAGGAGGUUCGGUCCCUGCUGAGCCAGCAGGAGAACAUCAAUGUCCUGGACCAGGAGCGCCGGACACCGCUGCAUGCAGCUGCCUACCUGGGAGAUGUGGCCAUCCUGGAGCUCCUCAUCCUGUCAGGUGCUAACGUCAAUGCCAAGGACACGGUUUGGCUCACACCUCUGCACCGCGCGGCCGCCUCUCGCCACGAGAAAGCCCUGCACCUCCUCCUGAAGCACUCUGCGGACGUCAAUGCCCGCGACAAGCACUGGCAGACCCCACUGCACGUGGCUGCUGCCAACAGGGCCACCAAGUGCGUGGAGGCCAUGGUCCCAUUGCUGAGCACCGUCAACGUGGCCGACCGCACCGGGCGCACCGCGCUGCACCACGCCGUGCACAGCGGCCACCUCGAGAUGGUGAACCUGCUGCUGAACAAAGGGGCCACCCUGAGCACUUGUGACAAGAAGGAUCGACAGCCCAUCCACUGGGCGGCUUUCCUGGGGCACCUGGAGGUGCUGAAGCUGCUGGUGGCUCGUGGGGCAGAUGUGAUGUGCAAGGACAAGAAGGGCUAUACCCUGCUGCACACGGCGGCUGCCAGUGGGCAGGUGGAGGUGGUGCGGCACCUCCUGCGCCUGGGGGUCGAGAUCGAUGAGCCCAACAGCUUCGGGAACACUGCUCUGCACAUUGCCUGUUACAUGGGCCAGGAUGCUGUGGCCAACGAGCUGGUCAACUACGGUGCCAACGUCAACCAGCCCAACGACAAGGGCUUCACCCCCCUGCACUUCGCAGCCGUCUCCACCAACGGGGCCCUGUGCCUCGAGCUCCUGGUGAACAACGGUGCCGAUGUCAACUUCCAGAGUAAGGAAGGGAAGAGCCCCUUGCACAUGGCUGCCAUCCACGGCCGCUUCACACGCUCGCAGAUCCUCAUCCAGAACGGCAGUGAGAUUGACUGUGCUGACAAAUACGGCAAUACCCCCCUCCACGUUGCUGCUAGAUACGGCCACGAGCUGCUAAUAAGUACUUUGAUGACGAAUGGUGCUGACACUGCAAGGCGUGGGAUCCACGACAUGUUCCCCCUGCACUUAGCUGUUCUCUUUGGGUUCUCCGACUGUUGUCGCAAGCUGCUUUCCUCAGGUCAGUUGUACAGCAUCGUGUCCUCGCUGAGCAACGAGCACGUGCUGUCUGCAGGCUUCGAUAUCAACACGCCUGACAACCUCGGCAGGACUUGCCUCCACGCUGCUGCUUCGGGGGGGAACGUUGAAUGUCUUAACCUGCUGCUGAGCAGCGGUGCUGACUUGAGGAGGAGGGAUAAGUUUGGGAGGACCCCUCUGCACUACGCGGCCGCCAACGGCAGCUACCAGUGUACGGUGACCCUGGUGACGGCAGGAGCCAGUGUCAACGAGGCCGACUGCAAGGGCUGCACCCCCUUACACUAUGCUGCUGCUUCGGACACGUACAGGAGAGCAGAGACACAUUCAGGAGCCAGCCAUGACCCUGAGGAGGAGCCACUGAAGGAGUCCAGGAUGAAGGAAGCGUUCUUCUGUUUGGAAUUCCUGCUGGAUAAUGGUGCUGACCCAUCCCUGCGGGAUAAACAGGGAUACACAGCUGUCCACUACGCGGCAGCCUAUGGCAACAGGCAGAACCUGGAGCUGCUCCUGGAGAUGUCCUUCAACUGCCUGGAGGACGUGGAAAGCACCGUUCCCGUCAGCCCUUUGCACUUAGCUGCCUACAAUGGUCACUGUGAAGCCCUGAAGACCCUCGCUGAGACCCUGGUGAACCUGGACGUGCGGGACCACAAGGGCCGGACUGCUCUGUACCUGGCCACCGAGCGCGGCUCCACCGACUGCGUGGAGGUGCUCACCAGCCACGGAGCCUCGGCCCUGGUCAAGGAGAGGAAGAGGAAGUGGACUCCUCUCCAUGCUGCAGCUGCCAAUGGGAACACGGAUUCCCUGCACCUCCUGAUAGACAGUGGGGAGCGGGCAGACAUCACCGACGUCAUGGACAUCCACGGCCAAACCCCACUCAUGUUGGCCAUCAUGAACGGCCACGUCGACUGCGUCCAUCUCCUGCUGGAGAAGGGUUCCACAGCCGAUGCUGCAGACAAGAGGGGAAGGACAGCUCUGCACCGGGGGGCUGUGACAGGCUGUGAGGACUGCCUGGCUGCGCUGCUGGACCACGAUGCCUUCGUCCUGUGCCGGGACUCCAAGGGCCGGACCCCCAUCCACUUUGCAUCAGCCUGUGGGCACCUGGAGGUGCUGCGCACGCUGCUGCAGGCAGCGCUGUCCACCGACCCCCUGGAUGCUGGGGUGGAUUACAGCGGCUUCUCCCCCAUGCACUGGGCUUCCUACAGCGGGCAUGAGGAUUGUCUGGAAUUGUUACUUGAACACAACCCAUUCGCGUACCUUGAAGGAAACCCCUUUACUCCAUUGCACUGUGCAGUCAUUAACAACCAGGAUGGCACUGCUGAGAUGCUGCUGGAAGCAUUGGGUGCCAAGAUUGUUAAUAGCAGAGAUGCCAAAGGAAGGACUCCCCUUCACGCUGCUGCCUUUGCAGACAACACCCAUGGUUUACAGCUGCUCCUGCGCCACCAGGCUGAGGUUGACCUGACCGACAAGCUGGGGAGGACCCCGCUCAUGCUGGCUUCUGAGAACGGGCACUCUGCAGCCGUGGAGUUCCUGCUGUACCAGGCGAAAGCCAAUAUAACUGUGCUGGAUGUCAACAAGAACACAGCUCUUCACCUGGCCUGCAGCAAGGGCCAUGAAAAGUGUGCCUUGUUGAUCCUGGGGGAAACCCAAGACCUUGGCCUUAUCAAUGCAAGUAACAGUGCUCUGCAGAUGCCGCUCCACAUCGCAGCACGCAAUGGCUUGGCCGCCGUGGUGCAGGCGCUGCUCAGCAGAGGGGCCACUGUGCUGGCUGUGGAUGAAGAAGGUCAUACCCCAGCCUUGGCGUGCGCUCCCAACAAGGACGUCGCCGACUGCCUGGCACUUAUCCUGUCCACCAUGAAGCCUUUCCCCCCUAAGGACACCAUCGGCUCCUUCAGCUUCAACCUCCUCAAGAACUGCGGCAUCGCAGCCAAGACGGCCGCGUGUGGGGCCCUGCCCAACGGCAGCUCCUGCCCCUACGGCAAGGACCGGCCCAGCGCCAUCGGCUUGGACGGCUGCUACUCGGAGUAGCUGCAGCGCUGGGUGACCCCGUCUCUUAUCUAUUUAUUAGGAGUUCUAUACGUAUAGGGCACUUUAAAGGAGAACAAGACUGGGCCGAGCCAAGAGUUCAGAGCUGCCUCUUCCCCUUGGAGCCACCUGCACCAUCCCCAGCCCCAUCCUGCUCCCGCUGCGCUCCGCAUGGGAGAUGGAUGCAGAUGGGUUUGGUCCCCAUCUCCAAACCCCUUUGGGUUCUGAUGGUUUCUGUCCCAUCCCCAUCCCCUCCCCCCCCCUUUGGAAGUUUUGUUCCCUUCCUCGCUCCAUCCAUCGGGAUGGGGAAGCCUGAACUCUUGGUGGGAUGAUGGGGAGGGAAUGGGGGGGUGGGAGCUGCUGCUCCCGUUGCAAUCGCUUCCCAAGCUCAUCCUCCCGUUCCAAGACACACUUGAAUCCAGAUCUACUGUACUGGGACGCUGAGCUCCCCUCUAGGCAGCUCUCAUGGGGAAGCAACGCGGGUGCUGCUGCCCGAGCCCGUGCCCAGGCUAUGGAUGCGCUGCUGGAGCCUCCCUCCCCUUUACCAGGCACUUUAGGGAUGCUGUUGGUUGGGUUUUGUUUCCUCUGGCCGAGGCUCAGACCCAAGGAACUGAGGCUUGGCCAAGGUUCCAUUCCCUGUUCCCCUGUUGCUUUUGUAGUUAGAGAGAGAGAACAGAAGUUGUUAUUUAUAGCAAAAGGAGCAUUUUCCUUGGGGGAAAAACCCCAACAAAACCCAUAAGGAAAUCCCCUCUCUGAAAGCCUGACCCUGUCCAGAAGGACAAAUGCACUUGAGAGCCUUGCUCCCACCCGCAGGAAAGCUGGGUGUAUUUUUGUACUGCAGCAUCGUGGUGUGGUUGUGGUGUUCUUUGGUUGGGGGGUUUGGUCCUUUAGGAAUCCUGUUCCCACUGCAGCUUCGAGGCUCUGGCGCCUGUUGCGCUGGGCGAUGCUAUUCCCUUUGGAUUCGGCUCUUAUCCCUGUUCCCCUCGGGAUGCCUGCGACCGUCCCCACGUGCACAGAGCAACCCUCUCGCAAUGAGGCUCUCCAAAGCCAAAGACUGGGAUGCUGGGAAUGCCGCAGGGAUGCAGGAAGGGGCUCAGCCCGACCCGCAGCCGUGGGCAGGGAGCUGAGCAUC